GGAUGUUUCACUGCGCCUGCUACACGCACGCGCGUUUCAGAGCUGCGUGCAGCCUCGUUUUAUUUCAUUCUAUAGCCCGAACGUCUUCACCAAGUGCCCCCAAGAAAAAAGAACAACGAACUCUCCCCUGCGCGUCUAGAAAGCUAUCCUCGCAGUAGUCUACCCCACUUCCUCUCAUCCCCGCAAUGGCUGACGAGGGUGCCUCUCCCCGCGAGCUUAUAUUUGAAGCAUGCCGACGUGACAAUACUACACUUCUCGAAGAAGUCCUGUCAGACCUGUCUAAGGGCGCCCCGAAAGGCAAGGACACCGAGUAUAUUGCCAAAACACUCAACGAGGCACGGAAUGGCGUAGGGAAGGGGGCUCUACAUGUAGCCGCCGAGUGUGGUAGCUAUGAGAUUCUAGACAUUCUCCUCGACCAAGAAGGCCUCGAGAUCGACGAAAUAGACCGCAUGGAGCAAGACACACCCCUGCACAAAGCAGUACGAUAUGUCAAUUCACUAGCACCGAAGCAAUGGGAGGAAGGUCAGUCUGUCGUAGACAUCUUGAUUGAUGCCGGCUGCGAUCCACGGAUACGGAACAAGGCCAAACUUAAGCCAUUCGAGCUCGUCGACCCUAGAAACGAUGCACUGCGGACGUCGUUGCAGAAGGCUGAGUAUGCCAUGAAUGUUGGCAACGACGUCGUGGCAGACGAUGACGAUGACGGACCGACUGGGAGUGCCAGCGACUCGGACUGAGGGCACCAUUGAAGGUCAUAAGAGAUGAAGCAUUGCCAGUGCAUAGCGGGC